AUGCAAACUAGUAAACUGUUUAUGGGAUGUUCAUUCCUAUUCACAUUCGCAUGUUUCCUUUUCAUCAUCAUAUCGAUGGCAGGCUCAUCUUCAAAUUAUAAACCUUUAACUAAUAUAUAUAUCGGACAAGCAGAUAUAUCACAUAUUAAUGUCACAAAGGUUAUUCCACAAGUCAGUUCCUUAGCCUCGUUAUUGGGUGGGAUCUUGAUCACUUAUCCAAACCAAACGGAAACAAUCUUCGCCACUAUGAAAAACAUCUCGCAUUCUGAUGCUUUGUUGCCAUUCUUAACAAUGAUUGGUGAAUCGACUAAUACUACAAUCACUUUACAAGCCGUGCAAAAAUUGGCUCCUUUGGCUUUAUUAUCAGGUAGUGGAUCGUCCUCCACUGACGCUUUGAAUAGCAUUAAUGAACUAUUGAAGGAAUCAAAAAAUACUAACCAGACAGUCUCUGGUUUGGCUGCUUUAGUCUCUUCUCAAUCGGCCUCUACAAACACCAGUACUACUCAAGCUUUACUACAAUCUAUGGUCUUCCAAGUCCUAGAGACAUCAAAGAAUGCAUCGGCUACUACUGAGGCUCUACUGGAUAUUACAAGCAUCAACAUCUCUGACUUGUUGACUUUGACACCAGCUUUACGAUUGGUUCAAUACUCAAACAAUUUGACAGAAACUUUCGGCGCCGUCUCAUCAUUAAUGAAUGUAACUAUUCCAGAGACUAUGGCCACUGAAUUGUUCUCUGUGUUGAAUACAACGUUGGCUAAAGCCACUAACAUCACCGAAUCCUUGGCGUCCUUGUCCGCUUUGGUCCCUAAGAGUAUGUCAUCAUCUUUAACAGCAUUGGAUUCCUUGUUCACUAGCUCCUCAAACGUCACUAAGACACUAUCCCUAUUGGAAACUAUUGUAACUAAGAACUUGACUUCAUCUACUGUUGCUAAACAAGUCGUUAAUGAUAUACAAAUCAUUCUACAGGAGGCUGAAGAUCCAACGCUAUUGACUACCGUCAUUAAGACAGUGAUGUCCUCAAUGUCCACUGUCUCAUUGGGUGCUUCUUCCUUGACUAUGUUGACUUCUGCCACUGACGAAUUGAAACAAUUGCAAACUGUAUUAUCUGCUUCUAAUAACUCCACCGAUACCAUCACUAUCAUCGACGCAAUGGAGAAGACUUUAAGCAACAGUACAGAUAUGACUCAAUAUAUCCCUUACUUGUUUGAAUACAUGGAAGCCUCCACUAAUCCAGCUGCCUCCUUCGAAGCCCUUGUCAAUAUCACUGCCUUGGGUACUUCGGAACCUGCUCUAUUGACUCCUCUUCUAGGCGUCUUGACAUUGGCUGCUUCUUCUAUUUCUCCAACCGAUAAACAAAUGUUUGAUACUUUACCACAAAUUUUGGAAUAUUUGAAUAUUCCAGUCAAGUUAAGAUUAGCUAUCUUUACUCUAUGUAAAGCUAAUCUAAAAGGUGAAGUUCUAACAUGUUCCAAGUCUCAUGCUGUUCAAAACUUCGAUUUCAGAGCAAUCAUCUUUGAAGUCCUAAUGGAUUCCGAUUUUGCUCCAUACUUAUCAGCUUUAAACAUUCAAGCUGAUGAUUUACAUCUAGGUGGUAAGUUAAUGGGUAGACAAGGUCAAUAUGUUCCAACUGUCAAAGCUGCUUUAUCCAUGGAUAUCUUAUCCUUUGUCAGUGGUUUCUUCCUAAUGAUUGCCAUCGCUUACAUCUACGUAACUCAAUGUCUGACCACCCAUUGGAGAUGGUUCAGUUUCACUUUCAUUACAAUGGCCUAUUGUGCCUUCACUGGUCUGGGUACCACUGUCGUCACUGCUAUUAUCAAUAUUAUUAAAUCCGGUACUGCCCAGGAUAAAUACAAUGUUAUUGUCAAGGCCAACGGGCCAAACAUGGGUAUGACAUGGUGUGGGUUUGCACUUUCUGUCUUAAUGAUGUUCAUGGCAAUGUAUGGUUGGUAUGAUUUCUAUAAGAAGGACCGUGUUACCAAAAAGGAUGAAGAGAUGAACUUAGGUUCCACUAGUAGUAGUGAAGCCGAGUCUCAAAUCAUCAAGGAAAACUUGGUUCAAGGUACUAUUGAAGAAGUUAAAAAAUAA